GCGUCGCGUGAUCGUGAACGAGACGAGAUCAAAACGGAAGUAUUUGAUGUUCCUGUUUUUUUUAGUGAUUGUUAUUAACAAUUUCCUAAUUAAUAGUGGCGAUAAUUAGACAAUGUUAAAUAUGGAUAUACAUCGAUGAAUAAUUAUAAGUAGAUACAAGGUUAUAAACAAUUCAGCGGCCGCUCUUCUCUGGCGCCAUUUUUGAAAAUGGCAUUCCACCGCCAUCCGACUACGGAAGAUUAUUACAAAGAGUUCAAACGACUGCAGUCUAACAAGGAGUUAUUAAAGAAAGCGACCGAAGAAUUUUUAGAUAAAUUGAUAGACCACGUGAUAAUCGGUGUGGCGUUUCAAGUCCAUCGUAAUAAAAAAUUGAAAGUGAUCGAAUUGGACGAGGUGGUUGUUAAACAAGAAGGACCGCGCCCUUGUGUUGACAUUUUUGGACCCUACAAUUUUAAGAAAAAAUAUGAAUGUCUGUGUCGCAACUGCGACAGAGUGGUCGGAGCUUCUGUGUUUGCCCCUCAUUUAGAGGUAUGCAUGGGCAUGGGUAGAAGUCGUUCUAGAAAUGCCAGUCGUAGAAUUGCCAAUAAUAGUCGAGAACGUGAAAAUUCAACGUACAGUAGCGGCGUACCCAGUGAUGACGAAGACGAUAUGGAUUGGGGUUCCGGCGAUAAACGUAAAAAGAAAAAAGAUCGUAAUGGAAAUAAAAAGCUGAAAGGUAAUUCCAAAAAGAGCACUGAUCUCAAUGAUUCGGCAGAGUCCAUCAAUAUUGAUGUUGAAGGGGAAGCUGAUGAUAUUUUAAAUUUACGCGACCUUAUGCAGGACCUGUCUAGAGGACCAUCUCCGGCAGAUUCAGUUAGUUCGUCUGGUUCGACGAAACGGAGAGAUAAGUCUAAGAACAAGAAACGUAAGGAACGAGUUUCGCCAAAUUCGGGAGCCUAAACUGCCAUGUCUCAGAUUCGACCUUUCUUUGCACACCAUCUGGCUAUGCAUCCUUGUUCUUGCUUUUGGGAUUUGAAGGCAGUCGUGACCACAGCAAAUGAGCAGUUAAUAAAUGAAGUAGUACCACCACAAGAACGUUAUGAGUUGAAAACAAUCCUGAUGAUUGUGACUACCUCUUUUCGAAUUAACAAUUGUACAUUUGUAGUUUUGUAUACUUAGUCAUUUAAAUCAAUUUUUUUAAUUGGAAAUAUUUACACGCAUUAAGUUUCAUCGAUCACGUCUUAGUUGGGUAUAUUGGGUGGUGGUGGUAAGUAGAAACAUAGGGAUUUAACAUGGGAAAUUAGUUUAUGUAAUAUCCUGCCCUCCUGUACAUUUUACAGAAAAAACUGUAGAGUUUGAAGUUGUUCAGAAUUAAAAGGUGCACACAAAACUGUUUUCACAUGUUUUUGGUACAUAUACCAAAAGCUUAAUAAAACAUGUAAAAACAUUUUCUAUGCACCUUUUAAUUCUGGACAACUUUAAACUUUAAAAAUUUACAGGAGGGCAGGAUAUAGCAUAAAACUAAUUUCCCAUGUUACAUCCCUAUGUUCCUACUUACCGUGCACCAUCCGGUAUAAUAGGAUGUUGUGAAUACAUAAAAAUUAAUAUCA